AUCUGAACGGGGAAGACCAUCCUGUUUUAAGAGAGGACACUCAUCACAGGAAUCUUCACUUUAUCUUUGGAUACAUUUACUACCUGCGAUACCAUGGCCUGGAACCAACCCUGCAACAUCUCUGAGGGACACUGAUUCUGAAUGCAUGUAGGGCAGGGUGAAAAAGAGGGAGCCCCUUACUCAUCCAGGAGAUGUGAAUCAACUGUCCAACAUGCCUAAGACACUAGUUCCUGUCCUGGGAGGUACUCAAUUUGCCUGGAAGAAUGGGUCUGCAUUUCGGCGCAGUUUGGCUUGUUUACGCAAUGAUGUCAUCUGGGGAAGGAGCUCUUUUUCCUGAGACAAGGAAAGUUUGAGAAGCACAGCCAGAGGUGAGGGGAGCCUGGAACGUUCUCCAAGAGGGAGGUGACUUGGUUGUCACGGAGAAGGACCACCUGGGGGUGAGGCUGCAGGUUGGCAGGUUGCUGCUUCCUUGUGGCCGGCAGCCAUGAGGUCCCGGCUUUUGCUUUCCGUGGCCCACCUGCCCACAAUUCGGGAGACCUUGGAGGAGAUGCUGCCCGGUGGGCCUGGAGAGGACCCCCCCACCUCCCCUAGCCUGGAUGACUACGUGAAGUCCAUUUGUCAGCUGGCGCAGCCCACCUCAGUGCCGGAUGAGGCUGCAGCCAGGGUCCGACCCAGUAGACCCCACCGGCCAGCCCGUUUCCGUGAGAAGAGCUGCACCACUGGGUCCCUACAGGACAUCACCACCUGCUUCAGUGGCCAGAAGCCCACACUACCUGGGGCCAGCACUGUGGACCCCCUGGACUGGCUCUUUGGGGAGUCUCAGGAAAAUCGUCCAAGUGGGAGGGACAUGCCAAGGAGGACUGGAUCCUCUGCUGACCCCUGGGCUUCAUGCAGACAGAUGGACAGUGGCAAGGCCCGGGGGAGCCCCAGAAGGAGGCUGAGUGAUGUCAGGGCUCCAGGGCACUCUCUGCUGAGACUGCAGACGAACUGGCACCAGUGCUCCCAGGCUUCUGGGCAACCUGGCCAGGAUGGAGUUUCCCCAACAAGCCCCCGUCCCAGCAGCGUCCUUAGAACUCUCUAUUUGCACCUCCCCGUGAUCCAUGAACUCUGACCCCUCCCCAAUAAAGACUUCUGCAAAUA